GGGGGCCAUUUUGUGAAGAAGCGAAGGCUGAGCGGUUGCGGCCGCGUUGCGGACCUCGAGCAGCAGUCGGCUUCUCGGCGUAGAACUCGGGAGUAGGAGAUUCAGAAUCGAAUCUCUUCUCCCUUCCCCCUCCUGUUUUUCAGCUUUGUGAAGCACCUUACCAUCAAAGACAAUGGCCAGCAAUGUUACCAACAAGACGGAUCCUCGCUCCAUGAACUCCCGUGUAUUCAUUGGGAAUCUCAAUACUCUUGUGGUCAAGAAAUCUGAUGUGGAGGCAAUCUUCUCGAAAUAUGGCAAAAUCGUGGGUUGCUCUGUUCAUAAGGGUUUUGCCUUCGUUCAGUAUGUUAAUGAGAGAAAUGCCCGGGCUGCUGUGGCAGGAGAGGAUGGCAGAAUGAUUGCUGGCCAGGUUUUAGAUAUUAAUCUGGCCGCAGAGCCAAAAGUGAACCGAGGAAAAGCAGGUGUGAAACGAUCUGCAGCGGAGAUGUACGGCUCCUCUUUUGACUUGGACUAUGACUUUCAACGGGAUUAUUAUGACAGGAUGUACAGUUACCCAGCACGGGUUCCUCCUCCUCCUCCUAUUGCUCGGGCUGUAGUGCCCUCAAAACGCCAGCGUGUAUCAGGAAACACCUCACGAAGGGGCAAAAGUGGCUUCAAUUCUAAGAGUGGACAGCGGGGAUCUUCUAAGUCUGGAAAGUUGAAAGGAGAUGACCUUCAGGCCAUUAAGAAGGAGUUGACUCAGAUAAAACAAAAAGUGGAUUCUCUACUGGAAAACCUGGAAAAAAUCGAAAAGGAACAGAGCAAACAAGGAGUAGAGAUGAAGAAUGAUAAGUCAGAAGAGGAGCAGAGCAGCAGCUCCCUGAAGAAAGAUGAGACUAAUGUGAAGAUGGAGUCUGAGGGGGGUGCAGAGGACUCUGCUGAGGAGGGGGACCUACUGGAUGAUGAUGAUAAUGAAGAUCGGGGGGAUGACCAGCUGGAGUUGAUCAAGGAUGAUGAAAAAGAGGCUGAGGAAGGAGAGGAUGACAGAGACAGCGCCAAUGGCGAGGAUGACUCUUAAGCACAUAGUGGGGUUUAGAAAUCUUGUCCCAUUAUUUCUUUACCUAGGCGCUUGUCUAAGAUCAAAAUUUUCACCAGAUCCUCUCCCCUAGUAUCUUCAGCACAUGCUCACUGUUGUCCCCAUCCUUGUCCUUCCCAUGUUCAUUAAUUCACAUUGCCCUGCGCCUAGUCCCGUUUUCACUUCCUUUGAUGCUCCUAGUAGUUAUGUUAAGUCUUACCCUGUAAUUUUUGCUUUUAAUUUUGAUACCUCUUUAUGACUUAACAAUAAAAAGUAUGUAUGGUUUUUAUCAACUGUCUCCAAAAUAAUCUCUUGUUAUGCAGGGAGUACAGUUCUUUCCAUUCAUACAUAAGUUCAGUAGUUGCUUCCCUAACUACAAAGGCAGUCUCAUUAGUUGAGUAGCACCUGAGAACAGCUUUGAAUUAGAGGUAUGCGUGUUAUACCCCACAUAAGAGCGCUGUGUGGGGCUGUUCAACACAAAUGUAAUAAUGUAUUUUUGUGAAUGAGAGUUGGCAUGUCAAAUGGAUCCUCUAGAAAAAUAACUAGUGUAAUAGUCUUAAGAUUUGUUUUCUAAAGUUGAUACUGUGGGUUAUUUUUGUGAAUAGCCUGAUGUUUGGGACCUUUUUUUCUCAAAAUAAACAAGUCCUUAUUAAACCAGGAAUUUGGAGAAAAAA